CUCACAGGCACAGCUGGACUACUGGAUAUCUGGACCGUAGCCCACUGGAUAUUUAGCUAGAAAGUUUUUGCUGUGUUCUAAGAGGAGCGAGGAAGCAGGCCGCAGUCUAACUACACUGAAACAGAACAUCUGAGAGACAUCAGCAAAGAUGGCAAGCCAGCUACAACAGCUUGUAGCGGAUAGAAAGGAUAUGGUGGAGACUGUGAUGGAAGUGUUUGAACAUGGAGCUGAAAUGGUGGCCAGCAUCGCCGGCGACCUUUUCCCCAUUUUCGCCAUCGCCGCUCCAAUCGUUAAACUGGCUCUGGACAAUGUGGAAAGCAAAGAGGCGGUGUUCAUGAAGGAGCAGUUUCAGAAGGUGCGAGAACGUCUGGAGGUGGCCUCCGAGGAGAUCCAGCGGAUCAACGAGGAGAUUAAGAAGAGCGGAUUGGAUGCUGUGUAUUUCCCAGUGGAGGAGAACAUCACUAACCAGUUCAGGAAGUACAUGGACAUCCUCAACGCCAAACCCAAGUUCCGGGAGGUCAAGAAGAAGCUUUUCCUGGAUCAUUUUGCCAAGACCGGUGGUGACAAAAACCUUAUCACCCUCUACAACUCUGUGACGGGAGAUAACUUCUCUGGGGAAUCUGUGCUCGAGAUCACGCUGAACUACGAGGAGAAAAGUCGCCGGCCGGUGGAGGACUUCUGCGCCAGGCUGAAGAAGCUGUUCUGCAUCGGGCUCAUCGCUCUUUUGGGCCACGCCGCUCUGAAGGGGUACGACGAGGAGGACGCGCUUCUGAAAGACUGGGGUGAGAAGAUGAAGACUGUCCAGCUUAAAAUGAAUGAAGUCAUUGAAGACUGCAUCAUCAGCUUCCCCAAACAGGCUGAGAUGGACUCCCUUCGACUGGUGAGAGACGAGUCAAACUUAACCAACCAGCAGCUAGCUGAUGCUAUAGUAGAGAAACUAAAGAAGAAGUAUGACUGGGUGGGCUGGUCCGUGCGUAUUUUCAAGUCCACUUCAGGCAUGUUUGCCAACAAGAAGGAUUACCACUGCCCGACCGGGAAGAGCCGCUUCCAGGUCCCUUCAUCAGAUGAGAAACUUAACGUCUGGGUGUCCUACAGCUCCUCGCCCGAGCCUGUGGAUAGCAAUCACAUCCAGCAGCUGAUCCAGAGUCAGAAGAAGCUCACGGUGGUGGGUGUAGCUGAGGUCCUGUUUGAGAAGUUGCCCGGCGCCUGCGUGGUCCACACGGUCAAAACCAGCAAAGACCUGGCCUGCUCCCGGAGCUUCACAGAUGAGCUCCACUACUGGGAGGAGCACAAGAACUUCUACGUCUGUGUUCACUCGGCCUGAAGAUUUAGACGCUGAAAAAACUCUCAAAAGUCAAUCCUUCAGUAUGUAGCUAACUUCAUAUUUACACGGAUAAUCACAGAGUCCAUCGCUGCCUUAGCCUUGAAAUGCUACACAGUUUGUGCCUUAAUUGAGGCCCUCUCUAAGUAUCUUUUUUACCAAAUUAUUCUGUUUUUCUAAAGAUGUUAACUGUUAGUUUCUUGCAGUGGGGGUACAUCAAAUCAAUUUUAUUCAUACAGUCCAAUAUCACAAAUUUGUCUGAAGGGGUUUUACAAUCGGUGCAGCAUACGACACCCUCUAUCCUUAGACCCUUAAUUUAGAUUUGGAUAAAUAACUUGAAUUUGGGGGGAAAAGGAGGGUUCCCUCUCCCAGGAGGGACAGACAUGCAGUAGAUGUCAUGUGUACAGACUUCCACAAGAAAGUAACUAGAUUCUUCACCUAAGAAUAAUGACCUUUGACCCCUUUUGUUUAGGCUGUAUUAUAUCCCUGUGUCUCUUUUUGUUAUGAGAUUGCUCAAUCGUGUAACGUUAUAAUCACAGUAAAGUUCACAGUCGAUAAGGAAUUGUGGUAUAUGAUCUACAACUGUGUUUUCGCUGUUUAUUUCAGGAGGACGUGGUUGUUUUGUUCUGGGAAAGCUGUUGACUUAGAAUCCGGCUGUCUUACCGAGAUAAUGUGUUGCUGGUGGUGAUAAGCGGUGACCUCGCCUCGCUGAGGACGCAUACACCAAAGCUAUGAGAGAAAAACGUCUCCAGAUAUUUUCCCAGACUGACAGAAACCUUCAUUUUGAUUUCACUUCUUGUACUCAUCUGAGAAGUAUAGUAAACCUUGUCACUGCCUGCUGUACAGCACAAACAAAGCAGAAGAGACAAGGCCCCAAAAUAACAUUUGCUGUCGUGAGCUGGUACCCACGAAACUUUAUUUACACACCCUGCCACGAACAUGCCGAGACGUAGUGACGGCAACACUUUGUUUACAGACAGAUACCGAGCAUAGCUACUCUCGGCAACCGUGGCUCACUGGGUUAAGAGGGUUGUCUGGUAACCGCAACGGUUCGAUCCUUGACUGGGACGUGCCACGUG